AUGAACCGCGUUGAUUACAACGAGAAGGCACAAGCUCUUCUGGACGACCAACAAUCCUACAGGUCCGCACCUGCCUCGCAGGCCAAAUCGAUGAUUGGCCAGCUGACUGGACUCUUAAGCCGACUCCGGCGCAACAAUAUAAUCUCGCCAGACGAAUGGCGUCAGACAAAACCAACCGACACGGCGUUGGCCAGAUUCUACGGACUACCAAAAAUCCACAAACCCAACGUUCCUCUGCGGCCAAUCGUGGCCCUGAAAGGCAGCCCCACAUACAAUUUAGCCAAAUGGAUGUCCCGAAAGCUCAAUUUUCUCCGAGAGGGCUCUGUGACGUCCGUCAAUUCGGCCUCCAAAUUCCUUGCCGACAUUCGGGGAAAAACUAUUCAACCCGACCAAAUCGUGGUAUCCGUCGACGUUGUCUCACUUUUCACGUCCAUCCCACCAGACUUGGCGCGCGACGUGCUACGCAAACGCCUCGAAGAAAAGUACAACGAAACGACAGGGCCGCUAAAGAUCCAGCACCUAAUGCAGCUCUUUGCAUUCUGCCAACGAACCUUUUUCACCUUCGAUGGCAGAACAUACGAACAAAUUAAAGGAACACCCAUGGGUUCCCCAAUAUCCAGCCUAGUUGCGGAAUUGGUCCUAUAA